AUUACACAAAGGAAGCAAGGCCAGUGUGCGGGGGCUUAAUAUGGUCUGCCUUUCAGUGUUUUACUACUUGAGACCGCAGCGGCUGUUUUUAUUCAGGAGACGGUCCAUUAAAGGGAGGAGGCAGGAUGCAUCCUCUUGAGUGGCUCUGGCAGGCUCUGGAGAUCUCUUCCUACACAUGAUGGUCCUCGGUGCAGUAAGUGCAGCUCUGGGGCGACUGUUUCCAAAUACUCGCUCUGUCUCCAUCUGCUGGAAAGAGCUGCUGGACGCGACCAGUAUCCGGGAUACACCGAGUUCAGAUGCAUAAAGGAGACACAACCAAAACAGCAGAUCCAGGCCCCAGUGUUUUUUUCUUUUUCAUUUUUUUAAAUCUUCCUCCAUAAAUAUUUGGUUCAUUUAGGUGGUCGAAAUUUGGGAGAAAUGAGGGCUUGUGUGCUGCAUCCACCUUUCGGAUUUGGACAUAUCGCCGAAUUUGCUCCACACCGCAGCCAGUGAAAGCAGCAGCAUCCAGGAGCCAGAGUUGCCCCAUCCACCACCACCCCGUGAAACCGUCACGGCGCCGAGGCCAGAAGCGCAUGGAAACAUGGCUGCUAUGAGGACUUUAACCGUGGCGGGGCUGUUUUUGGCGUUCUGCGCGCUGGGGCUGAUAGCCGUGGCGAUAAGCACCGACAACUGGUACGAGACGGACGCCAGGCGGCACCGGGAGCGCUGCAAGAAUUACUCCAACAAAAGAAACGACCCGGGCUACAUCUACAUCUCCAACAACAACCUCCCGCUCCGCAUGCUGCCGAGGGAGAAACACGCAGAGAGGAAGGGCGACAUUCUGCUGCGGGCCAAGAGGCACUUCUUGCCUCCCGCCUCGGCCAUGGAGUCCCUCUGCAGUCGGCACUUCAACUCCACCAUCACCGGGCUGUGGAGAAAGUGCCACCGGGAAGGAUUCGACCUGGAGACGGAGGAUUUGAUCUUUAAAGGAUUGGUUCCGCGCUGCACACCCAUAAAAUACUACUACUCUUCUGCAGCGCUGCCCAGAAACCUGCCAAUAAAUCUGACGAAGACUAUCAGGCAGGAUGAGUGGCACGCACUCCACCUCCAGAGGAUGACUGCCAGUUUCAUCGGCAUGGCCAUAUCCAUCAUCCUGUUCGGCUGGAUCAUAGGCGUGCUGGGCUGCUGUCAGGAGCAUGAUCUGAUGCAGUACGUGGCUGGACUCCUCUUCCUCAUGGGAGGGACAUGCUGCAUAAUCUCCCUCUGCACAUGCGUGGCUGGGAUCAACUUUGAACUGUCCCGCUAUCCCCGCUACAUGUUUGGUAUACCAGAGGAUAUCAGCCACGGUUACGGCUGGUCCAUGUUUUGCGCUUGGGGUGGACUGGGCCUCACAUUGCUGGCAGGCUUCCUGUGCACGCUGGCUCCUUCCCUCUAUCCCCCUCACACCCCUGUGGCUCACAAGCCCAGACAGGAGAACGGCUGCGUGUGACGGGCCGUGACCACCCAAACAGACGCCUGUCUCAUCCUGAAACAGUUUCUGAGCCUCGCUCCGCAGACAGUUUCAUCCCGGGUCACUGAGCGCCUUCAGACAGAGAAAAAGUACAGGCUCCCAGACAGACAGAAAUGAUAAAGAGGUGACAUUUGCCUGAAGCUUAGUUCCUCUGGUGCUUUUUUCCGAACGAACUCUUAUGUGUCAUUGCUUGCUCUCCAGGAGGGGGACAUCAUCAUUUCUUCCUAUAAAUUCUGCUAGAUUGAGAAGAAGAGAAACAGAAAAAGAAAAACUGGCAGAAGCUCAAUAGCAGAACUUUGAAACAAACUGUAUUGAAGAGAAAAUUAUUGAUGUGCAUCAUCACAUUUCAAAGGGCAACUGUGUAUCAUUAUGUACCCAUUCAAAACUAUAAAUAUGUACAUGUACUUUUUGAACUGUAAGUAUGCAGAUGCAUUUGUGUUUAUUCAAGGAAAAAUAUGAGCAUUAAGACCAAACAGUGUUUGAGGGAAAUGUUUUGUUUGUUCUCGAGGUCUUACCUUCAUCAAGAUAUUUUUUGAAAAAAUAAAACAGCCAUUUAAAACUAAUAAACUGAUAUAUAAAUGUUUUUAUAGAUGCCGUUUAAACUGACGUGGGCUCACUGGUGUCUCAGCAGGCAGAGGAACAGCAGCUUGGAUUCCUCUUAACUCGUAACUGCUUACAUGUGCAAAUCCAAACAGUCAGAACACGACACGAGUCAGAAACCUAAACUGAAUUAUGAACUUUUCCCAAAUCGGACAGGAGCAAGUAGUGAAGCCAUUUUCAGCUGUCAGUUAGAGGUAAAUAAACUACAUAUAAUACGAGUAAAGCCAGUUGUAUUCAUCAGACUCUCUUCUAUCUUAAAUCACAAAGAAAUUAAAACCAGUAUUUUUAAAACAAUUGCUUUACUCAUAUGUGUCUCCCCUGAUUCAUUUUGCAGUGUAAAAAUGUAAUGAAAUGUUAUAACUUUGAGGGGGUUUUUUGUGUAAAAAGUAUAUCAUAUUACAAAGAAAACUGUGUGUGGGUUAAAUGUAGCAGUGCAGUACCGACAGGGCUGACAAGAUCAGUAACUUCAUAAAGUCCAGAACCACUAAAAAUUGUUCCUCUGUCAACAUGUAGAGGGCGCCUCAGGUUUUCAUGGUUCACUGCCUACAGAACAAAACAAACAAAAUAAGUCAUUAAUUACGUUUUUU